AUCUUAAAUGGGAAAAGACUAAUGUCAGCUCUUCGUCAAGAUUACACCAAUGUUUUCACAACUCAAAAAACAUUAAAAAGAGGUUUUCUGUUUUGCACAAAAGGUUAUGUAAAAAAAAAAAUAUGGGUUUAGUGCCAUUUUAUAAAUUCUAUAAACUCUGCUACUAGUAUUUGACAGAGCGAGAAAUCCAGAGGAACAGACGUUUGAAAACCUCUUUGUGUUUUUGGUCUCAUGAUCGUGUGAAUCCUCACACAGCAUCUUUUGUUGGUUUAGCUGAUGUCACGAUGGUACAAGGAGGGAAGCGGCUCAACAGCGUUUCUUUCCUCAGAGAGAGAAAUAAUAAACACCCUUCUGCUACACAAGCUGCAGUAUGAUGUUGGAGCCAGUGGUUUUAUUCCUCGGUCUGCUCUCUCUGACACCAGCAGCUACUGAAGUGGGUCUCGGUGGAAAAGUGCUUCUGUUCCCGUAUGAGACUGAUUUCAGUUAUGUUAAACUCACUCCUAAGCAGCCACUGGGCCUUACAGCGUUCACGCUCUGCAUGCGCGUCGCGACGGAGCUCCAGGGCGAGCGUCAGAUCAUUCUGUUCGCCUACAGGACGCCCGACUUCGACGAGCUCAACCUGUGGAGAGAGAAAGACGGCCGUGUGUCCUUCUACCUCAGUGGCGACGGGGCGUUCUUCCACCUGCCGGCUCUCUCCACCUUCCGGACUCACCUGUGCCUCACCUGGGCCUCGCGCACCGGACUCACGGCCUUCUGGGUGGACGGACGCCGCAGCGCGUUUCAGCUGCACAAACCGGGUCACAGCAUCCACCCGCAGGGCACCGCUGUUCUCGGACAGGACCCCGACAAACACCUGGGCGACUUCGAGACGGUGCAGAGCUUCGCCGGCGAGCUCACGGACCUGAACAUGUGGGACUACGCCCUCACCGGAAACCAGAUCAAAGCGCUGUAUCUGAACCACGCGCAGCGCGUGCCGAGAGGAAACCUGUUCGACUGGAGCGCCAUCGAAUAUGAGAUCAAAGGAAACGUGCUGGUCGUGCAAGAUGAUUGAGAUAUUCAGGCACAUACAACCGCGCAUGCUCAUUUGCUAUUGUUCUGUUUAAUUGGAAAUGCGCAAAACAUGUCUAAAUAGUCUAAAUAAAUAGUGCAUAUUUUUAUUUCAUUAUAAAUUUAGGAUAUUAAAGGGUAAAUCGAUGACUGAAAAUGUUAUUUAAAGUGUAAUAAUAGACUGAUCAAUCAUAACCCAAAUAUUAAGCAAAAUUUAUAUUUUUUUGCAGUACCGUGGAGUACAUAUAGCAGCUUGUAUUGUUCUUAACAUGCUCAGAAGCUUGCUAAGAACAUUUAAAUGUAGAAGAAACAGUUUGUCUGUACUUAAAAACCAUGUAAUAAAUGAUUUGUUCAUGCGA